AUUUGGUAUCAUUAACUCACCUUUGUGUUGUUAAAAUGUGAUUGUCACUUUCUAAACUUUGCAGUGUGUAUGUGGCCAAUGUGCGUUGAACAGGGCAGAAUUAUACUUUUGUCAUUAAUGUCUUCAUUAAUGUGUUUAUAUAUCAGUAUGCACUUUAUAAGAAGAUGACGCAGGCCGCCAUCCUUAUCCAGAGUAAGUUCCGCAGCUACCACGAGCAAAAGAAGUUCCAGCAGAGCCGGCGGGCGGCCGUGCUGAUCCAGCAGUGCUACCGCAGCUACAGGAAGUUUGGCCGGCUGAGGCCCCACCACAGACCGGCCACCGCAGCACUGGUCCAGCACAAACUCAGAAGCAGUCUUCUCACAAAGAGGCAGGAUCAGGCCGCCCGCAAGAUCAUGAGGUUCCUCCGCCGUUGCCGCCACAGCCCCUUGAUGGACCAUAGACUAUUCAAGCGGAGUGAGAGAAUUGAGAAAGGCCAGGGAACAUGAAAGCGUCCAGAAGAGCCCCCUCACAGUGUGACAUUACUCCUCAGACUCUUCCUUUCAGUUUUUCAGUUUCAACCAGAGACGUUUUACAAGAGAGAGAAAAAAAAAAAAGCAAGAACACUGCAACUCUUACUAUAACUGUAUGACUGAUACUUCGUCGAACAACUUUGUUUUUCAUAUCUCUUUACUCCUUCUAUGUUUCUUUUAUGAAGGAAAGAGCCAGCUGCUGUGGAUGAAAACAAACUCUAAGGAUGUUGUUUUAGGAGGAACAACAUUUGCUUCGUGGCAUUUUUUGCACUUUUUAAUGGAUUGAUUUGUUAUUUUGGAUGAGCAUUAAAUGUUUUGUUACACAAGGAAAAAUAAGGAAUGGAAGUCCUGCUCUUCAGUUGCUCGUAAAGAGAAGAUGAAUGAAGAAAGGAAGAAAAAGAAAGAAUAUGCCAAAAUAUGGAGUUGACACAAACAUGGCCGGACCUGUUCCGGGAGUAUUUGAUUGUUUUCAAAAGAUCACAAGAUGUGUUUAGUGGGUUACCAAAAAUGCCGAAUAAUUCAUGAAUUAGUUUUUUUACAUGCUUUACUCCACAACCAAACAAAUUAGUCAGAAACUUCUUCCGGUCUGUCCCUUACAGUUGCCUGUCUUCUCUUAGCUAAAAGGGGACUGGAUAGCUAAUGAAUGUAAGAGGGAUAUUAGCAGGUUUGCGUGAUGUGUCAAAUACUGAUGUCAUUUUGCUAACAAGACGUGUGGAAAAAACAUAGGUAUACAUACAAUUUUAAUCAACAACCAUUUUCAAAUUGAUGAAAUUCAGCCAGUUCAAAGUUAGCAAGACAUCGUAGAACAAUGAAUCGCUCCAGGCAGAUCUUGUCUUAUGCUUGCUUGAAACUAGGCCACAGUCUUUUUAUUUGUUUAGUU